UCGUCUCCUUCCUCGCCGCACAUCGCCGCCCUUUCUUAUAGAUUUCUAGAGAGUGAGAGAGAAAGGAUGAGGCUUUUAACGCACAACAUGCUAUCCAGCAACGUGAAGGGGGUCGUCAAUGGCUUCCCGCUACGCCUCGAAGCUUCAACCUGGGUCGAGAAGGAGGUCGACUUCAACGCCGACUUCCUCCGCUCCGUAUUCCCCAAGAUCGACUGGCCAGCACUCUUCGGCGCUUCCCAGACGGUUGGCUACGUCGCUUUGCCCGAGUCCGCUGACGCCUCCAUGCUCGAAUCGGAGGAUUUCUUGAAGAAAUUCCACCACGCUUUGUUAGAGAUCCAUGUGGAAGAGGGGGCGCUCGUGUGCCCGGAGACUGGGCGGAGGUUUCCUAUCAAUAAGGGGAUUCCUAAUAUGCUGCUUAACGAGGAUGAGGUUUAGGGUUAGGGUUUUGGAAUGUAAUUUGUGAUAAUAGGAUUGAAUUAUUGGGCUUUUGUUUAUGAUUUUGCUACUGCCUUAAAAAUCUGAUUUUUAUCUACAUAUGUAUCAUCGUUUCCCUUAUACUUUGUGUUUUCAAUAUUCCAAGAUCUUUGGUUUUCUUGGAUUGAGGAAAGGGUUUGAUCAAACCUGGCAAUUACUUUGAUUAACA